CUUCCUCUUUCACUCUUGCUGUCUCUCCCUGAAACUUAAUCCACAUUUUGCAAUGAGAGAAGUGGAACUUCAUGCGAACCAAAAUUCCGACCAGAAUGCACUUCCACCAAUGGAGCAGCCACCUGAGUCAAAUUCAAGAACAAAAGUGACUGUUUCAUACUUUGGCCUAUUUGCUGCAGCCGAUACACUGGACUACUUUUUGAUGUUCUUUGGAAGCAUUGGAGCUUGCGUCCAUGGUGCUGCACUUCCUGUAUUCAUUAUUUUGUUUGGGCAUAUGAUUGAUUCUUUGGGAAAACUGGUUUUUGACCUUCAUAAAGUGUAUUCUCAGGUUUCUAAGCAUGCUAUGUACCUAGUUUAUAUUGGAGUAGUUGUUCUGUUAUCAGCGUGGCUUGGUGUUGCUUGUUGGAUGCAAACUGGGGAAAGGCAGACAGCUCGUUUACGAUUUAUGUAUCUCCAGUCAGUGUUAAGGAAGGAUAUUAGUUUUUUUGACACUGAAGCGCGGGAUAAAAAUAUAAUGUAUCACAUCUCCAGUGAUGCAAUACUGGUGCAAGAUGCAAUAGGUGACAAGAUAGGCCAUGGUUUACGUUAUCUUUCCCAAUUCUUUGUCGGAUUCGCCAUGGGGUUUAUUUCAGUGUGGCAGCUUACACUUCUCACCUUAGCUGUUGUUCCAUUGAUAGCUGUCGCAGGAGGAGCCUACACUGUGAUUAUGUCUACCUUGUCAGAAAAAGGUGAGGCUGCUUAUGCUGAAGCUGGGAAGGUUGCAGAAGAGGUUAUUUCACAGGUUCGUACUGUGCACUCAUUUGUUGGAGAGGACAAAGCUGUUGAAGCGUACUCCAUGUCACUUAAAAAUGCCCUCAAAUUGGGAAAGAAGAGUGGGCUUGCAAAAGGAGUAGGUAUUGGCUUUACAUAUGGGAUUUUGCUUUGUGCUUGGGCAUUACUUCUCUGGUAUGCAAGCAUACUUGUCAGGCAUGGGGACACAAAUGGUGGGAAAGCAUUCACAACAAUUAUCAAUGUCAUCUUCAGUGGACUUGCUCUGGGACAAGCUGCUCCAAACCUUGCCGCCAUUGCCAAAGGCCGGGUUGCUGCUGCAAAUAUCAUAAGCAUGAUUGAGGAAGAUUAUAGCACUUCUAAAUCGUCAGAUGAGGGAAUAGUGUUGUCAAAAGUGGAUGGAAACCUUGAAUUUUGCAAGGUCCAUUUUGCUUACCCCUCCCGGUCCAAUAUGGUUUUUGAAGAUCUGAGCUUUUUAGUUGAUGCUGGAAGAACGUUUGCAAUUGUUGGUCCCAGUGGUUCAGGAAAGAGCACUAUUAUUUCCAUGGUUCAACGAUUCUAUGAUCCUGCUUCAGGCCAAAUAUUGUUGGAUGGACAUGACCUGAAGAAUCUCCAAUUGAAGUGGUUCAGAGAACAGCUAGGGUUGGUUAGUCAAGAGCCAGCACUGUUUGCCACAACCAUAGCUGAGAACAUUUUGUAUGGUAAAGAAGAUGCUGAUAUGGAUCAAAUAAUCAAAGCCACCAAUGCUGCAAAUGCACAUUCCUUCGUUCAAGGUUUACCUGACGGUUAUGACACACAGGUACGUUUUUUCAGUAAGUUUGUUUUUAGAGAUGGAAAAUGUAUUAUGUAUUUAUUGGGUAUUGUCUAAAACGAACUGUUUCAACAAAAUCAUCCACACGAGAAUUUGGUCACCUCGUGGAAGUGUUCAUUUACAAACUCUGUGAAAAAGGAACUCCUUGGAUUG